GACGUCUUCGUCUUUGUGCCUCGAGCACCAUGUCCGCACAAGACACCACUGGUGUCUAACGAGCUCCUCAUAGAAGUCCUCGCCUAUCUCCAGGGCAGGCCGUCUUAACCAUAGACAUGGCCCCUUGGUUCUUUUGGAGUGCCCUCUCCAGCGCUGCAAGGCUUUCUAGUGCCCUGCAGAUUCUCAUAUAUUUACCCUUGACCCUGUCAACGCUCUCGACAAAUGCUUUCCUAUUGCUUUCACUACUCCUUUUCCUUCAUUCUUUGAUCCACGGCACACUCAUACUACUAUGGGGAUCCCCAGCAUUGUCUGUUCUCCAAGUACCCAUGCAUCCCUUCCUUCUAUUGGUCUGCUUCAAUGUUUUCGCUCAAUCGGUCAAUCCAAUGCUCUCCGCCGCAGCAUUCUGGUGGGGAAAGAUCUUGCACUGGUCCAGCCCGGGUUUCAUCGUGAUGGAGGGAUUGUCGAGCUUGCUUGUGGCCCAGAAGCUUGGCCAGAUUGGCAAGGAUCUUGUUGGAGAAGGAGAGACUUAUCAGUUUGGAAUGCUCUUCGCAGCGGCGGCAGCAUAUGUGACUUCGGCGUGGUGGAUUGUUAUGGCAUAUCCUGCAGCAGCAUCGUCACCUUUGGCAUCCACGCUCUUAGGUGCUGCUAUAACGACGUUUAUAUUCCUCACUUUCAUUGGGUUCGUCCUGAGACGGACGAAUGUCAUCGAGUCCUCAUGUCUGGCUCUCUUCCUGGCGUAUAAUGUAUGGCUUUGUGGUGUGAACGAGAAAUCGUUUGUCAAUCCCGCAUAUUCAUAUGCACCACUCUUGGAGAACAUCCUUCCCCAUCUACAGACGCUUGUCACUUUCAUUACGAAUACUCUUCCAAAGCCGGUCCUAGUUGCUUUGCUUUACAGGCUAUUAGUCAUCCAUUUUGCUUCUCGUGUUCUUCCUACGAUAGGCGCAGACAGUUGGGACAAUGAACCUGGCGUGGAUGAUGGUUGGGAUGCUCGACCUACCUCCAAGUUGACCCAUCUCCUGUUGACAUACCGGCAAUCCAUCUUUGUGACUGUUUAUUCCCAUUUACUCCUACUGGACCAUUCCUCUCAAGUCUGGUGGCGGUGGAUGAACAUUUUCUUCACUCUUGUGAUAUGGGCCGUGGAGCUUCUGGUCAGCAGUGAUGAGGACUCCGUGAUAAAGGAAUGGAAAGUGGAAUGAGUUAUCAGGUGAUACCACCACAUUGGCCUUCCGUUCGAUUGUUUCUCCUUGCGGAUUGGUGCAUAGACACAUUCGCUUGAUUGUCACUUUAAUGACUUAUUCAGGAAACUUCGUUGCUCUGUUGGCGAAUGUUUAUAUCCUCUUCAGCCAAUCAGAUUGUUUUGCGGGCUAAUGGGAGAUGGCUGCAAAUCGCCAUUGCGAAUGCCCAUUAGGAAUUUCGAGAAAGGUUUCAUUUUGUCCUUCUUCCUUGGCAUUUGAUCAUUUGCAACGCACUUUCAUGAGCGGCCCUUUUCGUCUUCUAGUGGUAGCUGCGCUUACUCUAUCUGGCUCUAGACAGCGCUCUGCACAAGGAUAUCGCGCGUUUGUAUUGUCCGACUCCGUGUUAUGACAGAUGGCCAUCAUCAUCUCUCCACGGACAUCAUGAGUCGAGAAGACAUAUAUAAGCUCUUAGGGCAACUCUCUUGUUGCCAC